AUUCACCAUCGCCUAGACAAUGUCUACCGUUCUGUCCCAAAGCUUCACCGCAGUUCUUCUGAGCCUAAUGUCAUUGGAAAUUUAUUCCAGCGGGCUCAGGAGGCGGAUGCUACUAAUUAUCUGUGUGCAUCGCCCAAAACUCCUCUUAACUCCCUUUUGCCCGAUAACUUCUUCUUCACAUCGAGUACUCGGUGCAACAGUGGAGCAGGCGGGACAACUUGUGGGGUGAUUCCUGCUCCUUCUGUCAGCGCUUUCGAAACUGGCAUCGAUAUUUGUUGUGACACCGGAGCCAACUACUCUAUAACGUCUGAUAUGACUACCAAACCAGAUAAUCAGAUUACGAACAGCCCCAAAUCCAUCAGAGCU